GAUAACUUAACCAAGGAUCGCUUUUCCGAUAUCAGGAGAUACCACGGCGCAUAUUUGGUCAAGAAACCUGCUUUGCAUCGAAGAGUUAACAUCUGCUAACAUAAGGUAGCGCAAAGAUGCUUCGUGUUCUGGGUCUACAUCCAACACAGAGGGAUAUCAUGGACUCGUUCCUCGCCAGACAAGACUCCAUGAAGGCAGUGGAGUCCGUGAUGGACAUGAUGGACGACAGGAGCUGGACGAUGAGGCCUCGUCGGUGCCUCGCACGUCGACAAAGGUCGUGUCCCUACAUCACACCCGCCUGGAGAUCACUGAGACAUCUCCGCCCACUUUUCGACGACACUCCCUUGCUGAUUGUUAGUUCGGGCUACGACACUCGGUCUGCCAAGAGUGAGCAAUAUCCCAAGAAAAAGAAUCUAAAAAAGCAAGGAGAAACACAAAAUAACAAGAAAUGUUCUAACACCAAGGAGAAAGAGCAGACUGUAGACACCAAAGACUGUAAAGACUGCAGCAAUGAGAUGAAGAGUGCAAAGGUGUGGCGGUACAGCUUAGACGUGGGUGGAUGUGACGAAGUGCGGGCGUUCACGGAAGAUGGACUGCUGGUUGUGGAGGGUCGUGGGCGUGACAGUGACUCGUCAGUGAUGGUUCGUCACGUGACAACGCUUCCUCCACACGUCAAAGCCGAGACGUUGACGGCGACGCAGAAAGAGGGGCGGCUUGAGCUGAGCCACAAGUGCGACGCAGUCCCUCCUUCGGUUGUCAACAUCCCCAUCACCAAAGCCGAAGAGAAAAAGACACUGGAAGACAAGACAGUCUACAACGACGAACAGCAAGAGGAAUCAAACACCGGAGAGAAAGAGGAUUCAAGCAAAGAAGAAUAAAAAAAAA